GUAGUGACGAACGAACUCUUGCCUUUCCCUUCUCAUACAUGUUAUCACACACUUGUUCUUCACCUAAAAUGAAAACGAGCGCACUUUUUUUUGAAUUGGAGUUGGUUCGGCUUCGUUGAUCAAAGAAGCCAGUGCUUAAAUCAAGCAGUGAAAACGAUGAAUACUCGCAUUAAUUUGCUUAUCGCUGGAGUGGCAUACAAAAAGCGCUUAUUCUUGAUCAUCUUGACUUUAGUGCUCUUCAGUUGGACCUAUUUUUCGGUAAUAAAGAAAAGGAACUUACCCACUUUGAGCAACUCUCAAUUGUUGGAUUUCAAAUCCAUGAUCCAAGAUAUGUGGCAAGACGUGGUGUCGAGAAAUCCGAAGCAGCUGGCCAAUUCCAACACUUCUCAACCCUCAGUGUCCAUCAAUGUUAUGACUGGAAAUGAAGUGCCAUUCGAUCAAUUAAAAAAGAUCCUCUUCUACACGGAUUGCUAUGGUGGUUGGGAUUACUUCAUUGGCGCUACUGGACGAGAAGCUUUCAUAGUGUUGGGAUGUCCAGAUGCUCCAUGUUACGUGACCAGCAAUCGCUCUUUGAUGCCUUUGGACCAAUUUGAUGCCCUUGUCUUUCAUCCACGGGCGAAUUCGUUUGCUAUGGCCAACAUGCCCAAGAUUCGAUCACCUCAUCAGCGAUACAUCAUGUGGAUCAUUGAGUCGGGCUGUUAUCCAAGUCAUGCUCUUCCUAAAUUCGACAACUUUUUCAAUUGGACCAUGUCCUAUCGAUUGGACUCGGACAUUCUUCAACCGUAUGGAACAUUCAAGGAAAUCCGCCCUCUCCCUCAAAAAGCUGCUCUCGAUUCUUAUAUUGCCCAAUUUGGACGUGAUCACACAUUUUUGGCGAAAAACAAGACAAAACUGGCGGCUUGGUUUGUCUCCAAUUGUAACACAGCUGUCAACCGUGAAGGAUACGUGGAAGAGCUGAAAAAGUACAUAUCUGUGGACAUUUAUGGUCGAUGUGGACAUCUGAAAUGCCAACAAAAGCAGCCUGACAAUUGCCUCAAUAUCGUUGACAACGAUUACAAGUUCUAUCUAGCUUUCGAGAACUCGCUAAGUUUGGAUUAUGUCACCGAAAAGAUGUUCAAAGUGAUGGAUAAGAACGUCAUUCCCGUAACUCUGGCAAGUAAUCAACGUUUGCCUUUGCCCAAGCAUUCAAUUAUUGAUGCUACCAAAUUCAGCCCCCAAGAUUUGGCGUCCCAUCUUAAGGAGAUUGAUACCAACGAUGCGCUUUACGCAGAAUAUCAUUGGUGGAAGAGCUUCUAUCGGAUCGAAAAAGGCAAUAAAGUGAACAACUUUUGCCAACUCUGCCAGAAACUCAAUGAUCCCAAGGAUCCACCCAAAACAUAUCAAAGUAUGCAAAAGUGGUGGGUGAAUGACGCCAAUUGUUCCAAAUGGUCUCAGAAUCGAAUCAUCAAGGCAUCACCGUGGCCCAUGAGUAACGGUUGACAGACGAGGAGGCCAUGGGCUAAAGAUUCUUCAAAAGAUCCUUUGGUUGCCAAACACAAUUACCUAAUUAUUGAAUGCAUUGUUAGUUAUUCGCGCCGUUUGUAUGAACACAUCUGGAAAAUAGAUGUCCAAGCAAUUGUUGACAGACA